UAGGGCGGGAACAAAAAAAACGAUUGACUGAACUUGUAGCCAAUAGGGUAAUCGGUGCCCUUCGUCCAAGUGUAAAGGCGGUACCAGUCAGUGUUCUUGUUCGUGUUGGGAUCGCGAACCAAUGGCAGCGAAGAAGCUUUACACCUACAACCAAUAGGAAACCGCGGAGACGCGCCCGCCCAGAGAGAACAAGGACUAGCGGCGACAACAACAGCAGCGAUCGUGACUGCCGGUCAGCUCGGGAACAGCGAGUCUUUCUCUCCCUGCAGCCAUGACGUCAGCUUCCACCAAGGUCGGGGAGAUCUUUUCUGCUGCUGGAGCUGCUUUCACCAAACUGGGAGAACUGACCAUGCAACUCCAUCCUGUGACUGAUUCCUCCCCCGCAGGGGCCCGCUGGACAGACACAGAGAUUGAGAUGUUGCAUGCGGCUGUCAGACGCUUCGGGGAGGAUUUAAAUCAGAUCAGCUCAGUUAUCAAGGAGAGGACAGUGGCCCAGAUCAAGUUCGCAGUGAAGAGGAAGAUUUACGAUGAUAAUGGCGUCCCCCUGUCUAGUGACUCCCCGCGGAAAGCGAUAAAGAAAGCGUCGCCCGUGUCCUCCUCUGUGGCCGCCAAUAUAUCCGCACCGCAGGCUGUGAGCAGCACCUCUCUCCCCGAGGCCUCGCAGGGAGCCAUGAAGAAGCGCAAGUCAUCAGACGUGACUCUCAGUGCGCUGAAUGACUCUGACGCAAACAGUGAUCUGGUGGAUAUAGAGGGAGACAGAAGUACAGUGAAAAAACUCAACUUUGAUCAGGCCUAAACCUGGAUCCCAGUUUCAUCAUGAAUUCCGGAGACCUCCCGCUUUUAUCUCGCUGAUCACCAACGUUGCCCCCUGUCUGUGUAAAUAGGAACUGUAUAAACCCUUAUCCCCCCCCCCCAAAUGCUUGUGUUCUGUUGAUCGUAUCUAGAGCCCGGUGCUGGGGUGCAACAGGCAUUCACAUGAGGAGAAGGGGCAUCCCGGCCUGUACCAGGAAGCAGAGUCGCAGGGAGUGGCCACUGGAGAGCUGCAGGGAGUUAGCUGCAGGGAGUUAGCUGCAGGGAGUUUGUCUCUUUCUAGUAGUGACCAGUGAUGUAAAAUUCUGACUGAGGCUUUUUUUUUAUAUAUUGAUAAGAAUAAAAUGUGUAAAUAAAA